AUGGAUGUAGUCAAGUGGGAAUAUUUUAAUGAUUUUAAUUUAACAAAGAUCCAACAAUUUAAAGGAGGUAAUUUUACAAUUAUUGAUGAUGGACUUUUUAACAAACCAUUUUUAAUUAAUGAAAAACAAAUGGUAAAUUCAAAUUUUCACUUUACUAUAUUCAAAAAUAUUCAAUUUAAUUUUACUGGAGAUGGCUACGUAGGAUUUAAAAACCCCCAAUCAAUCUUAUUUAUUGAAAAUUGUUCAGGUUUAUCAAAUUCUCCUAUUGAAAUUAAAUUUGACUUAUUUUCAUUUAAAAAUAUAGUAUUAUCUAAAUUAAAUUUAACAAUAUUACCAGAAGCUUCUUUUUUUGAAAAAUUUUUUUUAAUUGAUCUUAGUAAUAAUAAAUUUUCAGGACCAUUACCAGAAUUAAUAUUACCAAGUUAUAGUAAUUUUUCAGUGAAAAAUAUAGUUUUAAAAGGAAAUAACCUAUCAGGAAGUAUACCACAAAGUUAUUGUUAUCAUUAUGUUGAUUUAUCAGAUAAUCAAUUAUCUGGUGAUUUACCAAUGUGCUUUAUAUGUAGUUUAAAAAGUUCAAUCUUUAGAGAGACAGUAAAUGGUAAUAAUUUUUCAAAUUAUCAAUCAGGUCAAACAAAUGAAUUUCCACAAUGUUCAGGCAUUACUUUCACAGCUGUUGCAAAGGGUAAUUCACCUGUCACCGAUUUUGUAACUGGUACAAAUUUUGGUUGGAAUAAUGCAUUUGAAAUAGAUAAUAUAUUUUCAACACCAGAUUGUAGAUUAUUUAUUACAAUUCCAAACUAUGAAUUAAGUACAAAAUUAUAUUAUAUUACAAUUGAUCAAAUAAAACAAGCAAAUUAUAAAUCAAAUGUAUUGUUUGUUGUUCCAAAUUUAAAUGUAUCGUUACCAAUUGAAAUUAUACCACCAAAAGUUAAUAUUAUGGCUUGCAGUCCAACGAAUGGUCAAUACGAAGUAUAUUGUUCACUUUUUGGUGUUGGUUUUGUAUAUGUUUCAAACGCAUAUCAAAAUUUAGUCUCAGUUUAUUUAGAUAAUUAUAAUUGUAAUGUAACAUCUGUCUCUACUGGUGCAAUUCAUUGUAUAAUUACAACAAGAUUAUUUGAUAAUAAAAAUUAUACAGUUUUAAUUUUAAAUACAUAUUCAGGAUUAUCAACUACAUUUCAAUAUUCUCAUUCCCUUUCCCAUGGGUUUUUAAUUUCAUCAAUAAUUUCACCACCAAGACGCGGAGGUAUUGUAACAAUGACUGGAGUUUUUACAAAUUCAACCUCCAAUGACUCAGUUAUGAUUGGUAAUAAUUUAUGUCCAAUUCAGUCUGUUAAUAUAUCACAUUUAACAUGUGUCAUUGGUCCAGGUGAAGGACCAUUAAAUAUUAAUAUUACUAAUACAAUUUUAGGUUAUUAUUUAGUUGAAAAUAUAUUCUUUUAUCAAGAUGAUCCAAAACAAUGUUUAGAAUCAUCAGAAUGUAAUAAAAUUAAUGGUGGAGGAGUUUGUAAUCCAAUAACUGGUAAAUGUGAAUGCUCAAAUUAUUAUCAAGGAUUGGAUUGUUCAUUCGUUUCACAUUUUGUUUCAUCAAUUAUACCAUCAACCACCAAUGGGGGUAAUACAACAUUAUUUGGAUGGUUUGGAAAUAAUCAUUUUAAUGCAAAAGUUUUAAUUGGUAAUAAAGAAUGUUAUCCAAUUUAUAAAAUAAACUCAACAACAUUAACAUGUUUAGCGCCACCAGCCACUGGAUUAUAUUCAAUUAAUAUUACACAAAAUUUAAUUGAAUAUUCUUUACCAAACUCUUAUCAAUAUAUACCAAUAAAAAGAAAUUGUCCAAAUGAUUGUACUUCAACUGUUAAUGGUGUAUGUAAUCAUGAUUCAGGUUAUUGUUAUUGUUUAACAAAUUGGUAUGGUUUUGAUUGUAGUAUCUAUGUAAUAAAAAAUAAUUCCAUCUCACCUCCAACCAAUACAACUAUUGACCCUGGAACUGGUAUAACUAAUAUUACAAAUGAAUAUACACAAUUCCAAAUUUCAAUUUUAAAAUUAAUUGAAUUGAAUUUAAAUAAUUUACAAGUUAAUCAAUAUUUAUUAAAUGAUAAAUGGAUAUUUUCAAAUAAUAGUAAUAAUAAUAAUAAUAUUUUUACAUUUAUUCAAACAAUACAAAAUUUUACAUGUAAUAUUACCUAUAUAAUUGAAGAAGUUAAAGAGAAUAAAAAUAUAACAUUUGCUGGUAUUGAAUAUUUAUUAGAUCAAGGUUCAAUUAAAAUGACAGUUUCAAUUGAAAAUUAUUCAUAUAAAAGUAGUUUAAAUACAUUACAACUUCAAAUGAAAUCUUCAACAUUAGAAAUACCAUCAUUAAAUAAAAAUGAUGAUGAUUGUAAUAGUGGUGAAGUUGAAAUUGGAAAUAAAAAUGAUCAAGAUAAUUCAUUAAAUUUUAUAACAAUUAAAAAAGAUGAUAAAUUAUUAUCAGGUAGAUUUAUUAAUAAAGUAGAAUCUGAUGGUAGACCAACAAUUAUUUCAACAAAUGUAAUUUUAAAAGAUAAAGAUUCAAUUAUUAUUGGAAUGAAUUUACCACAUUGUACCACAAAAUAUUUCUCUUUAAUAAUAACUCCAAACUUUGAAACUGAAUGUUCAGAAUCAAAUAAAAGACCAUGGCUAAUUCCUGUUGCUGUAGUUGUCCCAGUUGUUGGUAUUUCAAUUAUUGUUACAGUUUAUUAUUUUUAUAAAAAACAAAUAGUUGAAAAAGGAUUCACAAGAAAAUUAAAAAUGGUUGAAUUAUUAAAUAAAAAAAAUUAA